CGGGCGCGCGCGCCGCAGGCGUCGCGGGGAGCCGCCUUCCUGGGCUGCGGAAGGGGAAGAGCUCCGCGCCAGCCUGUCCCGGCAGAGGCCCCCAGGGAGCCCAAGCGGCGCAGGAGCGGGGAGUGCCCCGGGGGCUCGCCCCUGGUCCGGCCGCCCCCAGGGUCCGGCCAAGGUCAGGCGCCAGGCUGGGGCCGAACUGCCCCGUGCUGUUGUCUCCUGCUGGGCUCACUCAGCCUUCCGGCGCCGCCCCCACCCCCAGCUGCCUAAUCCCGGAGACAUUCCGUCCCAGUUCUCGGAAGCGCUCUGGAACUUUGAGACUAAUGCGCCUUCUUUAUCCCUUCGGACGUUCUUCUCAAACACCUGGAAACUUUGAGGGAAAUUUUGAGUCACUGGACCUUGCAGAAUUUGCUAAAAAGCAACCGUGGUGGCGCAAGCUGUUUGGGCAGGAAUCGGGGCCGUCAGUGGAAAAGUAUAGUGUGGCCACCCAGCUGUUAAUUGGAGGCGUCACGGGAUGGUGCACGGGUUUCAUAUUCCAGAAGGUUGGAAAGUUGGCUGCAACAGCUGUGGGCGGUGGAUUUUUUCUCCUUCAGCUUGCAAACCAUACUGGCUACAUCAAAGUUGACUGGCAGCGAGUAGAGAAGGACAUGAAGAAAGCCAAGGAACAGCUGAAGAUCCGUAAGAGCAACCAGAUCUCCACAGAGAUGAGAAGCAAAGCCGAGGAGGUGGUGUCAUUUGUGAAGAAGAAUGUUCUAGUGACUGGUGGAUUUUUCGGAGGCUUUCUGCUUGGCAUGGCAUCCUAAGGAGGAUACUUCAUUUCCAUUAUUCCUGGUUUUUCCAGCUAGCAGCCUCUUCACUCCAUCAUAGGACAUCGAGUCUACUCCCGCUCCUCUUCUCCUGUGCCUUCCUCCCUGCUGUGGCGUAUCUAGGCGUGUGUAGGCAUCUGUUGGUACAAGUUGAUACUGCCCUAUUGUGACCUUGACCACGAUAGAAGAGACAAUAGACAUUAACUCUCCUGCCACAACACUCCCUACUUGAGUAAUCUGUAGGUCAGCAAGAAUGUUCCUUUCCCCCUACAUAAGAUACUUACCAGAACAUGGCGCAAGAUGGCUCACCGUGGAGAAUGAGAGCAAUCUCCAAGGUUGUCCCAAACUUGAUUUGGAAAAGAAGUUAUAAGCACAUAGAUAGAUACUUUAUAGGUGCUGCAUGGAAAGGAACCGAAUACAUUUGCCUUUAAGCAUGAAAGAUACUGGUAUCUCGGUGUCUACUUUCUUUUUAGUUGGUUUUAGAUUACAGAAAGAGGUGUUUACAGCUGCUAUAAUUAUCCUCACAAAAAUAGCAGCAUAAGUAUUAUAAUUAAAAAACAUGAAUAAAGAGUGAGUUUGUGCUACAGGUAUAUAUGCUGAGCUGAAGGUAUUGUGUUUGGUGGGAAGGCCUUCAGGGAAAUCAACCAAUAGAUAGAUCUUUGGAUGGCCAGACUUAAUGAAUCAUUGCGGGCCAUUAACAUAUUAUCCAUGGGGGCUUCCACCAUACAGGAUAAUGCAUCUCAUUCAUGGCUGUUCCCAAAGGAUUUAUUAAUGGUAAACUGACUUUAGGUGGGAGAAGGACAAAGCUCUUGGAUUUUUUUUUUCAUACAAAAGGUUUUAAGCUUUGGAAUGUGAAGUAUUCUUUACUUGUCAAAACAUUAGGGGUACUCAUACCUCCUCUGUGCCAAUUCUAGUACUUCUUUAUCCAGUUAGUAUAAAAUAUAUAACAUUUGAACCAGAAUGUUAAAGAGGUAGCAUCCCAGGUAUUCAGAAUUCAGAAUGGUGGCGGUAGCACAUGUGAAAUAAAUUAGUUCCAUCAUCAAAUGUAAUCUGCUGUCUCAUGAUGACCCUAAUUCUUAGCAUUAUUCUUUAAAAUAAAAGUUUAUAGACACAUAUGCUUAGAAUCAGCACAUUUUGCUGUGACGGCCUGAUACCAUGUCUGCAACCGCACUUAGAAUAGUCACUUCGAAGGGCAAGGCUUGGUGUUCACCAGGACUGUAGAACCUACACUUAGCAGGUACUCAGUAUUUGUUGAAUGUAUGAAUAAUGACCUCAUACAAAGGUGUCUGGAAAAGGGAUUGAUCCAAAGAAUUUAGACGGAGUUUUGAGAAUGCAGAAAACUUAGAGUUAAUCCUUAAACUUGCAAGUGAUUCCUUGCAAAAUAUGUAUGUUUUUAAGGCCUUCUUUUUAAAAUGUUUGCCUUUUAAUUUCUUCUUGGGAGUGACGUAUUGAAUGUGGAAAUUGUAGCUACCAGAUGUGUGGAACUUUGUAGAAUUCAUCCAUUUGCAUUUUUCUCCUUCAUUACAUUAUGGUAGUAUUUUUUUUAAGGCAACUUAAGUUCUUUUGCUUGCGAUGUGUAUGAAUCAUCUCCAGUCAUAAUUUUUGAACCUCUUUGUUGCAUAUUUUUGUACAAGAACUUAAUUUUCUUUCACUUUUUAUUAUGGGAACUUUCAAAUAUACAGAAGUAGAGAAAGUACUAUAACGACCCCUAUGUAUCCAUCACCCACGUACAAUGAUCAUCAAAUUAUACCUGGUUUUAUCAAUUAUUUUGAAACAAAUACCAAAUGUAUCAGUUCAUCAUAUUUUAGUAUAUAUCUCUAAAAGGUAAUAACUUUGAAAAAUCAUAAAUACAAUACCCUAUUAUCGUACCAAAAAAUUAAUAAUUCUUUAACACCAUCAAAUAUGUAGUCAGUGUACAAAAUUUCCUGUCUCAAGUUUUACAUUUGAUUUGAGUCAAAUCCAUAUCAGGUCCACAUUGCAUUUAGAUAUGUCCCUUAAUCUUACAUGUUCUCCUUUUUCUUUUGGCUUCCAAUGUAUUUAUUAAAGACACUGAGUUAAUAUGUUC